CUAGUUUCACAUGUGAGGGGGUUGGGCACGAGUAGGCAGGGUAGUGUGGACGUGUUUUAUUCUCACACUGACCCCGAGAGCUUCACACUGGGGUGGUACAGGAAAAGGUGGAGGCUCGGUGUGAACUCUAUAAGGAUGAGAUGAAGUAUUCACUGCCAUGGCUGUCACUGACCAUAUAUCUGCUUCUUACAGACGAUGGUACUCCAGUAAGGCCAGGAGAGAGAGGGAAGAGAACCAGGGCUGCAUGUUCUAAUUAUUUUUAUGAAGAUAUUCACAAGAAGUGCACUUUGUGUGAGCUUUGUGGAGCACGUGAUAUUUUGGCAGGCAGUUCCAGUCCUAACAUUGUAGACCAUGGUUGUACAGGUCCCUCUUCAUCUCCACAGUGGUGUAAAGCAGAGACAGGGACCAAGCCAAUUUGCACAAAACUCAAAGAUGUCCCCAAUGGCAGCAUAGAGUGCAGACAGGAGAGAGAGGACCUGAUUUUACCUGGAACUGUGUGUACUUUGACAUGUGACCCAGGGUACAGGCCAGUCCAGAACAACCUCACCACACAGUGCUCCAUACAGUCCUCUCAAAGGAGCGUGGAGGCUGCUUGGAGCAGAACAUUGCCAGAAUGUGUCUUAAUCCCUGUGACAGAGGCAGUGUCAACCACAGAAAAAGCACCAAUGGCCAGUACUACUACUGCUAUGGUACAAAGUGAUGAAAUAGGGUUUAAUACCAAGACAUCCCAACCUUUAAGGUUGAGUGAUUUUUGGUUUAUCAUCCCAAUUUCAGUAUUACUACUAGUAGUAAUAGUACUACCAGCUGUAGUAAUAAUGAAGAAAUAUGACUGUCUAAAAAACUGCCCAUUAAAAAAAUCUGAAUUAACUGAAGUCAUAGUGAUUCAUGACUGUGACCCAGAUGUGAUAUGUCAUGGUAAUAGUGGCAACCAAUCUGAUACUGGUUCCUGCAGCAAAGAGGCCAGGAAAGUGGAUAAUAAAGCUGGUAGCAGUGGGAGUGAAAGUGAAAGUGAAAGUAAUGAUUCUGGGUUAAGCUCAGACCUCAGUCAUCAAGAUCAGCGGACACCCAUGGAACAUGAUGAAAUUGGCACUAUACCUGCAUCUCCCCCAGAGCAAGAUGAUUGGACAGAAGAUGACGAGGACUUAUUUAAUUUCCUUGACAACCUAGGGUCUCUUAGCAACAGUAGAACAUCAGUGGAUGUCAAGUAUCCAGUGGAAGAGGGCUUCUGUCCAGGUGGUGGUAGAUACCAGGCCAGAAAUCCAAUAGAACACUCUUUUUAUUCUUCUCAGGUGUCUGCUGGUGCUGUGAGUAGUUUCCCAAGCAGACAACCACUGAGGAAGGAGGGUCAUGGUGUUCUGGAAUCCUUGGACCCUCUGAGUAAUUUACCAAGCAGACAACCACCCUCAGGGAACAGCCAUCCAUCUGCAGAAUUUCCUAUUGAUGAAGAUGAUGAAACCACUCUGCUAAAGAAGGCCCAUAACAGUGAUGGAACAACUAAAAAUAAAAUUGCUCUGGAGACCCUAACUCAGCCUGUUGAGCUACUCUCACUGCUUGAGAAGGAAUAUGGUGAUGAAGAUGCCGAAGAUGGAAUUAAUAAGACAGUUGAUGAAGGUGAUGAUGAAGACAGCUGACUUCAUGCACAUUAAUGUAGCACAGUGUCUGACCAGCUGUUUAAUUGAGGGAAUUAAGACCACACAUUUGCAGUCCAUGAACUACUUAUUCAUUUGAAGAGUCAGUUUAUGUGAGAAUUGUGAAGUUCUGUGUUUUGACCUGGUGUUGGCCAAAUCUAGAUUUGAACCAAUUAUCAAGUUGGCCUUAAGUGCUGAAGAAAAAAGAAUAAAAUACAGGAACACUUGCCAUCAGGCUGAAUGUGGUAUUGCUCAACUAUUACUUUACUAUUACUCAACUAUUAUGCUUAUAUUAUAAAUUUUAUACUUACCUCUGAUGUAUUGGAGAAAUAGCUAUUAGCUUUUUUUGGCACAAAAGCACACAGUGAUCUGCCUUUAAAUUUUCAGUUAUUGAAAUGCUUAUAUAUUUUUGCAUAUGCACAAACAUGCACACACACACACACACACACACACACACACACAUACGUAACAGUUAAGUGAUCUCACAUUUUUACUGCAUUUUAAGGUCCAAUUCAGUUCAAACAAUAAUCAAUAUGCUGUAAUACUAAUAUCUUCCAUAUAUUAUAUUAUAUUAUAUUAUAUUAUAUUAUAUUAUAUUAUAUUAUUAUAUUAUAUUAUAUAUUAUUAAAUUCAUAUAUUGUUGGAUUUUGUGCUGGCACUUUUCUACAUGUGAAUUGAAUGUCAUAUGUUUUAAUGAUGGAUAUGUAAGAUACAAUGUAUCAUGCAGUACUUACAAAGUGGAAAAAAUUACGUUGGUGGAAAAUUCCGAGCAAAUUUUCAAGACCAAAGAAAUUUUCAAGUUUUUACUGUACAUGUACCAGUACCUCGAGUUUCAGACCCAACGCAGCAGGCUGCUUUAUAUUUAAGUGUUGCCACAUGUCAACUAACUGAUAGUUACAUACACAGGUAAUUGAAGAUACCAGUAAAGCUGUUAUAAUUAAGCUCUGAAACCCAGGGAAAAAGUUAGUACAGCGGGGAGGGAGGUAUGUAUGUAUAUAUAGGUACAUUGUGUACCUCAAAUAGCCUGAGCACAGUAUGGAAGUCCUCAGAGUUUAAUACCAUUCUGUGUUAUUUCUGGCUUUAUUUAUUUUGUCUCAUAUUGCUGAAUAUCCUGUCUGCUGGGCAGACCAUUUUUAUAAUGUUUUAUAAUUUUGUUAAGGCAUGAUGUUGUAAUAUUUGGUAACAUGUGCCCUUCGCUUAAUUAUAUUCAAGUGUUUUAUUGUAAGGUUAUAUUGCAUUCAUUUUUCUUGUUUCAAGUGCCUUAAAUGGAUUAAUAAAGAUAUUCAAUAUU